AAUAUAUUUUUAUGUAUGCAUAUAUAAUACACAGAUUAUGCAAAUGGCAGUCUAUAUAUGUAUGUAUUAUAGAAAUAUUAAAUAUAUAUAUUUAAUAUUUCUAUUUAGAAAUUGAAAAAUAAUCAUUGUAAAAUGUAGUGGUGGUACUAAAGUUUAUCAGUUUUUGUUUAAAUAAUAUGCUUUAGUAAAAAAGGUUAAUAACUGCUGUCUUAUAGUAUAUUACAAGACAUAGUUUUAAACUGAAUUUAAAAUUAACAAAUAUCAGCUAUUGCUACAUGUUGGGUUUCUAUUAUAACUCAGAUAUCUAAAUAAAUAUAACAAGAUAACUUUCAACUAUGAAUAACUUGGCUCUAACUAAUAGUUAUUUGAAUUCUGUACAUUAAUGAAUCAAAGUUUGCUCAAGAGCUAUACAGGUUGGCCUGAUGGUAAUUCUUGUUAAGCAGCUUUAAUGACUUGUUAUCACAGCACUCUGUUUGAAACUAUCAUUUUAUUCGCUUUCUAAAUUCAACAUAAUGUGUAUUCUGAGAAUAGCUGAAUGGAAGAAAUAAAAGGUGCAAAGAAGAUUUAGCAUUAAAAUAACUGGUAAUUAAAAUAGACAUUGCAAAGUUUUCAAGGAAAAGCAUCUGUCCGCCCUUUGUUCCUUGAUCAUAAUGUAGAAAAUGCAUCACCCAUACAUCCAUAAGCAAUAUAUCAUUUGAAAUAAGUAGAUUGAAGUCCAUCCAUCAUUAUUGGAUUACUGCAUAUUUUCAUUAACUAUUGUAAAUAAAGAAUUAGAUUUUUUUUGACAGGCUAAAACAAAGGUUUUAACAGCUUUUGAAUGAUUAAAUAUUGUUGAUUUGAUUCAGAUGAGCCAUCAUUAUGCAAAUCAAAAUGUGCCUGUUGGAGCUCCUAAUCUUUAUAUGAUUGCUGGAAAUAGUGUGAUGAAUCGAAAUGCAGUUAUGUAUAAGGUUGGGACAGCACCUCUACCUCAACAAAAUGGUGCAAUGAAAAGGCCAAGAAGUCCAUCACCCCCUAACACAAAUUAUUCUCAAGGUUAUGGUUAUAAGCCUCAUGUUGCAGCAUAUGGACAAACAUAUCCAAUGCCACACCCUACUGGACAAUAUACAUCUCAGGAACAAGCAAAGCAUCUUGCAGCUGGUUACCAUGUCCCUCACAUGCAGCAACAAGACUUAGCAAAGCGAUUAAAAAUGGAAGAUAUAAGAACUUAUGUUAAUAGCAUGCCACAACAGAUUGAGCAUGCCCCUCAAAAACCAAGUAGUAUUCAAGAUGAGAAGUACUAUAUCCAGUCAGGUGGAAUUUCCUCUGGUUACCCUAUAAGAAGCCAACCUCAAACAGCUCGCUUCCAGCCUCCAACAUCACAUAAUGUUACAGCUCCUCUUCAGGUUUUGUGCAGAAAAGAGAAUGUUAUGCGACAUAGUAUGGGCAAUGAAGUUCAUCGACAAUGAAACUCAGCAGCUAGAUUUAUAUAAAUCAGUGGUCUUCAAACUUUAUUGACUCUUAAAAGACUUAAAACUUUUAUUUUUUAUGUGGAAUCACUGCCAUUUUUUUAUAAUAUAUAUUAUUUUGACAAGCCCUCUAUAUGCAAAAUGGAAACAAAACUAUUAUUCUAUUAUAAUAUUACCCUUUGAAAUAGAUCUGCUUGAUAUUAUUUUAGGUUGCAAUAACAAAAUUUUAAAAAGAAAAAUGUCCAAUUAAUCAUUUUAGAUGUUCAGCAAGUUCCACUGGGUAUUAAAAAAUUCUUUCAAAUUUCGAUUUUGACUAAUGAAACUGCUAGAGCAGUUGCAAAGAAUCACAGAGUUCUGCAAAAUACUGUUUGUAAACCACUGAUAUAAAUGAAAAUCAAUUAUAUAGAUAUAUAAUAUGUGCAUUCUGAACCUUACUAAUCAGAUGAAUCAACUCGUAUAUAUUUUAUGCAUUUAGCUGAUAAAGAAGGAAUAAGAUAAAUGUGCUAUGUAAAUCAAAUAUUCUUUUUCUAAUCAACAUUGAAGUUACUCAAAUGCUCAUGAACUGUUCUUUAUAGAGAAAAAUUGUACUACCAUUGUAUAGUUUAUGCUCAGCCAAUUGCAGAAAUUGUAUAUAACUGAUUGAAAUCUGGACAAAAUGCUAUUAACUGGCAAAAACUACUGAAAGUUUUCAAACCCUUGUAUUUAAUUAGUAAUAUUUAAUAAUUUAUAAUGUAAUUUUAAGUAAAUAAUAUAUAUAUAUAUAUUAAUUGCUCUAAAUAUA